UGAGCCUGUGACCGUGACCACCCGCUUCCGUUCCACAAGAAGAAGAGGGAGGAGACUUGAACACUAGGGAGAAGCACCGUUAGCAUCGGCUGCUAUUAACGAUACGUCCGUCAGAUUAUUCUUUCAUUUUUAAUGCGUGAACGUUAAAGCAGCAUUGGAAGUGCACACCAGUUACCUGCUAACGGGAGAGGAAGCCCAGUGACGGUGAGUGGAGGCAGCUAACGGUAAAGCUAACCGUUACCUGUUACCGGUGUCGUGUCUGUGAGCUCAUCAACGUUUCACCACCAACGCGGGGAACAUGAUGACACGGCAUCUCUGACAUGAGCAGCUAUAGGAAGAGGAGGACAUCAGGAAGUCCUCUCAUUGCAAGGACCAAGACCAGCAGAGGGGCUAACGCUAGGAGGACAGCUAACCCAAACCGAGUAGGAAACAGGACUGCUAACGUUAGCACGUUAGCAGUCCCACCCACAGAGACAAUCGCCAUGAUGGACAACGCUGAUGGCACUGUAGAGGAGGUGGUCGAUCUGACCUGUGAAGGAACAGAAGCUUCUGUGGUUGAUCUGACAAACAACGACUCUGUUCUGCUGGUGGAUGAAGGUCCACAGAACGAGAGAGUCCCGACAGGUGAGAGCUACGUUGUCAGCAGUGAUGAAGAUGAAGACACACCUGUCGCUAACGCUGCAAUGGUGCCCUCUGUACAGACCAACAGCUCCUCCAGGUCAACACCAGGUACGAUCAGCUGUCCUGUCUGCCUAGACUCGUACUCGGAGAUUGUGGAGAGCGGACGACUGGUCGUUUCCACUAAAUGUGGUCACGUGUUCUGCAGUCAGUGUCUAAGAGACGCUCUGACUUCAUCACACACCUGUCCUACCUGCAGGAAGAAAUUAACCCAUCGCCAGUACCACCCCCUGUACAUCUGACAUAACUCUAACAUCAUACACCUGAGGUACUUUUGGACGUUAUGUUUCCAGUGAUCUCAUCGGUGACAUCAUCAGAUCAGAUGCUUUUUGCUGCUGUGGAUGUUUUGUAUCUGAAACAAAAGACUUUGUGAGCUGCAUUUUAAUUAAUGAGUGAUUGCAAUUGAAUGAUAUUGUAUAAUUGAUAUAUUUGAUAAUCUCAGUUCUUCAGUUGUUUUUGUUUUACUCUAUUGUUUCUGGACUGUUUAUUUUCUAUUGUAAAUACAAAAUGUGUUUAAAGUAGCAAUAAACUCUAUUAAAUUCUCUGAG